AUGAAGUUUGUAAGUGUUCUGAUGCUAUUUGGGCUACUGCUUUGUCAAGCAUGGGCUGACACUAAUCAGUAUGAUUUCAUUAUUCAAGAAACACCAUACACCCGCCUUUGCAGCACGAAGAACAUUCUAACAGUCAACGGUCAAUUCCCUGGGCCCACAAUUUAUGCUCGAAAAGGCGAUACUGUUAUCGUCAAUGUACAGAACCAAGGCGACUAUAACAUCACCCUUCAUUGGCAUGGAUUGAGACAGCCUAGAAACCCCUGGUCUGAUGGACCAGAGUACAUCACACAAUGUCCUAUCCAGCCAGGCACAAACUUCACAUACAAUCUCUUAUUCAGUGAAGAAGAAGGUACAAUCUGGUGGCACGCACAUAGCGAUUGGGACCGUGCCACUGUCCACGGAGCCAUCAUCAUACACCCACAAGAAAACUCAAGCUUCCCUUUCCCUACCCCUUACAAAGAAAUUCCCAUCAUUCUUGGCGAAUGGUGGAAAUCCAACGUGAGCCAAAUCCUCGCCGACGCCCUCCGAACCGGCGGCGCCCCCAACAGCUCCGACGCCUUCACCAUCAACGGCCAGCCCGGCGACCUCUACCCCUGUUCCUCAUCCAGCACCUUCACCGCCCAAGUCGAGUACAACCAAACCUACCUCCUCCGCAUCAUCAACGCUGCCGUCAACAACGAGAUCUUCUUCGCCAUCGCCGGCCACCCCCUCACCGUCGUCGGCACCGACGCCAGCUACACCAAACCUUACUCCACCGACUUCAUAAUGAUCACCCCUGGCCAAACCUUCGACGCCCUGCUCCUCACAAACGCCACCAACGGCUCCCUAUUCUACAUUGCCGCCAGCUCCUACGGCAGCGCCACCGCCGUCCGCUACGACACCACCACCACCACCGCCAUCCUCCAAUACAACAAUUCCACUGAGACGCCAAUUCUCCCUGCUCUCCCGAAAUUCAACGACACGGCAUCUGCUACAGAGUUCGUAGCGGGCUUGCGAUCUCUCGCCAGCGACGUCGACGUCCCGCAAGCCGUCGACGAGCGGAUGACUAUCGCGGUCUCUGUUAAUCUGUUAACCUGCGAUCCGGGAAAGACCUGCGGCGGCGCCAAUGGAGACCGGUUCGCGGCGAGUCUUAACAAUUUAAGCUUUGUGCCUCCCACCACAGAUAUACUCGAGGCCUAUUAUAAAAACAUAAGCUUGGUGUAUGGGACGGGCUUUCCGGCGGAUCCUCCGGCGAAGUUUAACUAUACAGGGGAUAAUCUGCCGGGGUAUUUGCUGUUUCCGAGGAGGGCGACGGAGGUGAGGGUGGUGGAGUACAACACAAGCUUGGAGAUAGUGUUUCAGGGGACGAAUGUGCUGGCGGCGGAGAACCAUCCGAUGCAUAUUCAUGGUUACAGCUUCUAUGUGGUCGGAAGGGGAUUUGGGAACUUCGACGAGGAGAAGGAUCCGUUGAGUUAUAAUUUGGUGGAUCCGCCAAUUGAGAAUACCGUUGGAGUGCCGAAGAGCGGCUGGGCGGCGAUCAGGUUCAGGGCUACCAAUCCAGGAGUUUGGUUUAUACACUGCCAUGUUGACGCACAUACAAGCUGGGGAAUGGACACUGUGAUCAUUGUGAAGAAUGGGGAAGGCUCGAAUGAAGGGAUGUUGCCUCCACCAUCAUAUAUGCCUCCAUGCCGCCGGAAAGCUGUCGGGGGAAAUAAACUGCCGGCAACAGUUUCCGACGCUAUUUUUACCGGUAGCUUGACAACUACCGAAAAGUCGCCGUCUAUGAGGUUUGCUGGCUUUCUUUUGCUGUUUGGGCUGCUGGUUUGGCAAGCAUGGGGUGAUCCUAUUCAACAAUACGACUUUAACAUUCAAGAGACUUUCUACACACGUUUAUGCCAAACAAAGAAGAUUUUAACGGUAAAUGGUCAGUUUCCUGGGCCAACAUUAAUUGUUCAGAAGGGGGACACCAUCUUGGUCAAUGUUCACAACCAAGCUGAUUACAACAUUACUAUUCACUGGCAUGGAUUGGUCCAGCCUAGAAACCCAUGGUCUGAUGGUCCAGCGUAUAUCACGCAAUGUCCGAUUCAACCUGGUGCUUCCUUUACAUACCAACUGAUAUUCAGUGAAGAAGAAGGCACGAUAUGGUGGCAUGCCCACAUCGAUUGGGAUCGGGCUACUGUCCAUGGUGCCAUCAUCAUUCACCCGCAGAGCAACGCUACCUUCCCAUUCCCAACCCCCCAGGAGGAGAUUCCCAUCAUACUAGGCGAGUGGUGGAAAGGCAACGUGAGCCAAGUCAUCGCCGACGCCCUCCGAACAGGCGGCGCCCCCAACAUCUCCGACGCCUACACCAUCAACGGCCAGCCGGGCGAUCUCUACCCCUGCUCCCAACCCAACACCUUCAUCGCUAACGUGGAGUACAGCAAAACCUACCUCCUCCGCCUGAUCAACGCCGCCAUGAACAACGAACUCUUCUUCUCCAUCGCCAACCACCCCCUCACCGUCGUCGCCAAAGACGCCAGCUACCUCAAGCCCUUCCCCACCGACUUCAUCAUGAUCGCCCCCGGCCAAACCAUCGACGUCCUCUUCGUCGCAAACAACUCCAAUGGCGGCCGAUACUACAUGGCCGCGCACAACUACGCUAGCGCCGAGGGAGUUCCUAACGACACCACGACCACCACAGCCAUUCUUCAGUAUAAUUUCGGCAAUCUGAAUCUCACCCCUGCUUUCCCUUCCACCACUCUGCCUAAUCACACCGAUAACGCUGCAGCAACCGAAUUCGUCUCACGCCUGCGCUCUCUGGGAACGACAGAAUACCCGGUUAACGUCCCCCAAGCCAUAGACCAGCGUUUGCGCAUCACGGUGGCGGUGAAUUUGCUUCCUUGCGAGCCGGGAAGGACGUGCUCGGGACCCAACGACGACCGGUUCGCGGCGAGUCUCAACAACCAGAGCUUUGUGCUUCCGUCUAUAGAUGUGUUGGACGCAUAUUACAAGAAUAUAAGCGGGGUGUACGGGAAGGGGUUUCCGGCGGAGCCUCCGCUGAUUUUCAAUUUCACAGGCGAAAACUUGCCUGGAUAUCUUCUGUUUCCGAGGAGGGCGACGGAGGUGAGGGUGGUGGAGUACAACACAAGCGUGGAGAUAGUGUUUCAGGGGACGACUUUGCUGGCUGCGGAGAAUCAUCCGCUGCAUCUCCAUGGGUUUAGCUUCUAUGUGGUCGGAAGAGGAUUUGGGAACUUUGAUGAGGAGAAGGAUCCGUUGAACUAUAAUCUUGUUGAUCCGCCUUAUGAGAAUACCGUUGGAGUUACGAGGAGCGGCUGGGUGGCGCUUCGCUUCUGGGCCAGGAAUCCAGGAGUUUGGUUCAUGCACUGCCAUUUGGAUCAACAUACAAGCUGGGGAAUGGAGACUGUGCUGAUAGUUAAAAAUGGUACUGGCCCGAAUGAACAGUUGCUGCCGCCGCCGUCAGACAUGCCACCAUGUUGAGAGAAAUUACUACGUGCGGAGUUCAGAUUAUUCGGAUUAGUGCGGAUAUGUACAAAUUGUGUAUUUACUCUGUAUUUACUAUGUACCCUCAUAAAUUCUGGAAAGAUCUUACGUCCAGACUCCGCACGUAAUAAUCUCUCCCAUGCUGAAGUAGAUACACAUAUCCAUGGAUUUGAUUGCUGAUGAAGAAUAAUUGAUACAGUUGAUAGUUUGAAUAAGAUAAGAUUGAUGUUCUAAUAGUUACAAAAUAAUUACUACAGCUGAUGCUUAUGUAUUUUUAUGUAUGAUUUGUUUUUAUUCUUAUUGAUGUAUGAUCAUUGAUGGAUGACGA